AUGAGUUGGCUGUUGAAGAACCUGGUUCUGCCCCUGAUGCUUCUGUGCUUUUGGGGGCAAGGAGCACAAGCUUGCUUAUGUUUUCCAUUGCACCCGCAGGAGGCAUUUUGCCAAUCGGCUGUUGUCAUCACUGCCAAAGUUGGUAAAUUGAAGGAUGAUAAUGACUUUGGCCAACCCAUCAAGUAUGACAUCCAACUUACCAGGACCUUUAAAGGGCCUGAAAGGCUUUUUCAUGCCAUCUACACCGCAUCUAGCGCUGCAGCAUGUGGAGUCAUUCUGUCCAAGGACACGGAGUAUCUAUUAAUGGGUAUAAACAUUCUCCUGUUUCAUCCAGACUGCAUCGUGACGGCACGCUGCACAUUUCCUCAUGUGACUUUCUUCAGCCAUGGCAGGCUUUGA